AUGCAGGCAAGAGAACUCAGUGUCCAUGUUGCUGCUCCCCAGCUGACACUCUGCAGGCUCCGCACACACCAGUGGUGCUUCAUCCUCUCCAACGUCCUGCUUUUCCACCUGCUGCUUUUCGGGGCAGAUUUACUGGAGCAAUACUUCCUGCAUUCCCUGCCUCUCUCUUACACCGAUGCCAAGGCUCUGGAGAUCAGGGAGAGGGCCAGGAAGUUGGAUUUGGAUCCUCUGAAGGCCAACCUGUCUUACACCAGCAGCAGCACAGCCACUUGCUCCGAUCAAGAGCUAUUUCUGCUCAUCGUCGUCUGCAGCAGCCCCGAGAACAGGACAAGGCGUGAUGUGAUCAGGCAGACCUGGGGGAACACGACAGGCUCCAGAGGUUACAGCGUCCUCACGGUGUUUGCUGUAGGAAAAGCAGCUGCAGCAAGCACCGAGCUGCAGCUCAAUGAAGAGGCUCAAAGGCACCGAGACAUUAUUGAAGGCAGCUUCACGGAUUCUCCCCAGACGCAGACACAGAAGAUGCUGAUGAGCGUGGAGUGGACGGUGACUUUGUGUCCCCGUGCCAGGUACAUCCUCCACACGGCCCAGGAUGUGUUUGUGGGUGUUCCCAGCCUGGCUGGGUACCUGCUGAGUUUAACCCAGCUGGAGGACAUCUACCUUGGGAGGGUGGUUCACCACAGAGCGCCUGACAGGGACCCGCAGAGCCCUGGCUUUGUCCCCAUCCAUCUGUACCCCGAGGAGUUCUACCCGGAUUUCUGCCACGGCAGCGCUUUCCUCAUGUCCCAGGACGUGGCUCGCAAGGUUUAUGUGGCUGCCAGGGAGGUGCCACUGGCAGUGCCCCCCGCUGCCUUUGUAGGGAUCUGUGCUAAAAGAGCUGGCAUCACUGCCAGGCACAGCUCCCGCUUCGCUGGGGAGAAGCACAUCAGCUACAAUCCAUGCUGCUAUAAAUUCAUUUUCACCUCUUCUGACAUGACAGAGGACGAGUUAUUGAAAGGCUGGAAGGAAACGAGCGAUAGGGAAGAUUGUUCCUUACUGGAAACCUACUACAGCCUGGUGUCCUGCAAGGUUCUCACCUACAUUGAUAAGUUCAAACAGUUCAGCCUGGAUAGGAUAAAAAAUGAGCUCCUUCAUUUUGUCAAUUAAUGUUUAACUCCUGCAAAGAG